AUGAGUGAGCUGGGCACACAGAAGACCAGUGAUGGCACCGUCUCUCGCCUGCUUAAUGUCGUGGAAAGUGAGCUUCAGGCAGGGAGGGAAAAAGGCGACCCUACGGAGAAGCAACUUCAGAUCAUUCUGGAGGAUGCCCCUCUCUGGCAGAGGUUCAAGGAAGUCACUAAUGAAAUGAUCGUGACCAAGAACGGCAGACGGAUGUUCCCGGUCCUAAAGAUUAGCGUCACGGGGCUGGACCCCAAUGCCAUGUACUCGCUCCUGCUGGACUUUGUCCCAACGGACAGUCACCGCUGGAAGUACGUCAAUGGGGAAUGGGUGCCCGCGGGCAAGCCAGAGGUCUCCAGCCACAGCUGUGUCUACAUCCACCCGGACUCCCCCAACUUCGGGGCCCACUGGAUGAAGGCGCCCAUCUCCUUCAGCAAAGUGAAGCUGACCAACAAGCUCAAUGGAGGUGGGCAGAUAAUGUUGAAUUCUCUGCAUAAAUAUGAACCCCAGGUUCACAUAGUACGUGUUGGAGGUGCCCAUCGAAUGGUGAUGAACUGCUCCUUCCCUGAAACUCAGUUCAUAGCUGUGACUGCCUAUCAGAACGAGGAGAUAACAGCUCUCAAAAUCAAGUACAACCCUUUUGCCAAAGCCUUCUUGGAUGCUAAGGAAAGGAACCACCUCAAAGAUGUUCCGGAAGCUAUGUCUGAGAGUCAACAUGUGGCCUAUUCUCACUUGGGAGGCUGGAUCUUUUCCAAUCCGGAUGGAGUAUGCACAGCAGGAAACACCAAUUACCAGUAUGCUACUCCUUUGCCUCUGUCUGCUCCCCACACCCACCAUGGCUGUGAGCACUAUCCUGGCCUCCGAGGACACCACCGGCAGGCUCCCUACCCUUCUGCGUACAUGCACAGAAACCAUUCUCCCUCAGUGAAUUUGAUAGAAAGCUCCAGCAAUAAUCUGCAAGUUUUCUCUGGAGCUGACAGCUGGACUUCCUUAUCCUCCACACCCCACGCCAGCAUCCUGUCUGUACCUCACACCAGCGGACCAAUCAAUCCAGGGCCUAGCCCCUACCCGUGCCUGUGGACCAUCAGCAACGGUGGCGGGGGCCCUUCCGGGUCGGGCUCAGAGGUGCAUGCCGGCUCCCCGGGAGCGUUUCUCCUGGGUAAUCCAGCUGUGACUUCGCCCCUCUCCACCCAGGCACCUGCUUCGGCUGGUGUGGAGGUUCUGGGGGAGCCCUCGCUGACCAGCAUCGCUGUGUCUACCUGGACAGCAGUGACCUCGCGUCCCUUCUCAGGCUGUGGUAGCCCGGGUGGGGGUGGGCGCCAUUCUCCCUCCUCACUGGAUAGUUAAGCAGGAUCCUAGGAGAGGUGUCGGCAGAGGACCUGCUAGGUAUAGAGCUCUUAGAAGUCUCACCUACUAAUCCCAGUGAGUCAGACUGCAGAGUCUCCCCACCCAGUGAACGGGGUUAUACCAGAAGCCUACAGGGAGAUGGUUUAGUUUGGAUGAUGCUGAUUUUGUCACCUGCAUCUCUCCACCAUUUUCUUUUUGUGCUCCCAUUUUCUCUGCAACUUAUCCGUGCUAUGCUUAGGCAACAAAAGUUUGUUGAG